AAACAAAGAAGCAGACAAUAUGAGCUCCAUUCAUUGCACUGCACUACAGAGACGGGACUCGCAACACACACUUGUGCUUUCCUUGACUCUCAGACCACUUUGAUUUGUUUUGUUUAGGAGGACUGGAACAGUAUGUGUGUGGGACGGGGAACCACUCAAGCAAGCACAGGAGAACUGAGAAUCUAACUGAGAACUGGUUAUAUGAUGGCCUCACUGGGUACUCUGAUAGUUCUUUGAAGAGAUUCUUUGCUGCUAAAGUCAUAUAUCACAGUAUGGAAGUGGUCCUGAUUGAAAGAGGAGAGAAGGAAAGGAUAAGAAAACUCUGACAGACAGACGACAGAGGAAUCUAGUACUCUCUCACAGUCUUUUAUACCAAAAUCACUGAGAUUCUGACCGAUUGUAUGUGUUGUACUGGAGCGCUGGAGAAUUUAAGGCACUGUUAUGUUUCUGCUGGCUGUUCUGUGCGUGUUGUACCUCUGGGGUCCAGCAAUAUUGACCGGGGGACUGGGAUCGAUACCAAACAGCAUUCCACGGAAAACGGUGCCCAUCACAAGUAAUGGAGUCCAUUUGUUUCGUGAGGAGGGUGUUUGGAACUAUACCACAAUGCUUCUGAGAGAAGAUCUGAACAUGCUUAUUCUAGGAGCCAGGGAAGCCAUUUUUGCCCUCGACCUACAUGACAUAAGAGUGAAGAAGGCCAUGGUGAAGUGGCCAGCCACAAGCCAGCAGCAGAAGGAUUGCUCUUAUAAGGGAAAGGAUGCUGUGAAUGACUGUAAAAACUAUAUUAGAGUUAUUCAUAAAAGGGAAGAUGGCAGAAUGUAUGUUUGCGGAACCAAAGCAUUCAACCCAACCUGCGACUACAUGUCUUAUGCUGAUGGUAAGCUGAUUUUGGAGAACAAACAAGAGGAUGGAAAGGGAAAAUGUCCAUUCGAUCCUUCUCAACGAUACACGUCUGAGCUGGUCGAUGGAGCGUUGUACUCUGCCACUUCAAUGAACUUCCGGGGCUCAGAGCCAGUCAUGAUGCGCAGCUCAGAGGAAACCAUACGAACAGAGUUCUCAAGCACCUGGCUCAGUGAACCAAAUUUUAUCCACAUGGCUCACAUACCAGAGGGAGAAAAUAGUAUGGAGGGAGAUGACGACAAGAUUUACCUCUUCUUCAGCGAGACAGCAGUGGAAUAUGACUCUUACGCCAAGGUGGAUGUCUCUCGGGUGGCACGCGUAUGCAAGGGAGACUUGGGUGGACAAAGGACACUGCAAAAGAAGUGGACAUCAUUCCUGAAAGCGAGGCUUGAAUGUCCCAUUCCAAACACCAACCUGCCUCUUCUGGUUCAGGAUGUGUUCAGCUGGUGCCACGGCCACUGGACCACCUGUGUUUUUUACGCUGUCUUUACCCCACAAUCGGACUCCUCCCCACAAUCUGCAGUAUGUGCAUACAGAAUUGAAGACAUCAGGACGGUGUUCUCGAAGGGCAAAUUUAAGGCUCCUGUUCCCGUGGAGAUGUCGUUUGUGAAGUGGGUGAUGUACACCGGCGAUCUACCUGAUCCACGACCUGGAGCAUGCAUUGAUAAUCACGCCAGAGAAAUGAGCAUUACCAGGUCUAUUGAUCUGCCAGACAAAACGUUACAGUUUAUUAAAGAUAAGCCUUUGAUGGAUCAGCCAGUCCAGCCGAUUGGAGAGCGCCCCCUGCUGGUGAAGAGAGGCGCUGCUUUCACUAGAAUUGUGGUGACCACAGCAACUGCCGUGGAUGGGAGCAACCAUCAAGUCAUGUUCAUUGGCACAAUGAGCGGUUCAGUGUUGAAAGCUGUGAAUUAUGAUGGAGAGAUGGUCAUAAUGGAAGAGAUUCAACUGUUUGAGCCUUCAGAACCUGUUAAGAUCUUACGACUUUUGAACACCACGCAACAGCUUUAUGUGGGUUCGGAGGUGGGCGUGGUGCAGAUGUCUAUCAAUGAAUGUGUGCGGUACCACAGCUGUCUGGACUGCGUUCUCGCCAGGGAUCCGUACUGUGGCUGGGACCUCAAUUAUAACCACUGUGCUACCAUAAACAGCACACACAGAGCCAGCACUGUGAUUCAGAGUUUGAGAGAGGGAAACGCCAGUCAGUGUUCCCCAUUAGGUAACAGUAAGCCAGUGAACAUCUCAUUUUUCCCCGGCAAUUCCGUUAAGCUGUGGUGCCAACUGUAUUCCAACCUGGCACAGGUGAACUGGCAGGUAAAUGGACGACCAAUCACCUCCUCAAACACCUUCCAGAUCCUCCCAGACAGCUUGAUGAUCUUAAAUGCCUCUGGAGAUGCCAGUGGCCUCUACACCUGCAGUUCCAUCGAGACCAUCUCCCAGAGGAAAUACGAAAUCCAGCACGCAGCAUAUGAUCUGAGACUGUGGUCAGGAUCCGUGACUACAGAAUCACUACAUGAACUUCAUAAUAAACAGCACACCCUAGUGGCCAUAGUGGUAUUAUUAUCACUAUUAUUGGCUGCGCUAGUAAUUUGGAACCUGUGCAAGGGCGAUUUAACUUUGCCAUGCUGUCAUAGGAGGGUAAAGGAUGCAGCGAGCAAGUGCGAAGAAGAGAACAUCAACGCUAACCAGGCUCAAAACCCUAAACCAGCAUCAUCAAUGGACAACAUGAACAGCAAUAACAAUUCUAGCGGCCAGCAGUAUUCUGACUAUAGAGAAAUAGACAGACUUUCAACCACUGUUGGUUCCUCUGGUCAGGUAUCACUGAGAUAUAUAGAUGAUGAAUCUGAUAUUUGAGAUUGUCUUUAUGCACAAACUUUAUCUUGGACUUGGUAAUGCAAGACCAAGCCCACUUUUACUGGUUUAUCUUUUGCAGCGAAAAACUCACUAAACUUGUUUUCAGAUUCA